GAAGCGUGAACAUUUAUAGGCUGUAAAGGAGCUCUUUAAUCCCAAAUACUGGCUCUCUAAUAUUAAAUUUCACCUCUAUACAUUGCCGUCACGGUUCAGCGCGGACUGGUGUGAGAGGCGAGAAUCCAUACGAGUUGUAAAGGGAGCUGUCAAACUAGAGAUAAUGUAUGUGUUAGCGUAUUCAUUUGUCUCGAUAGCGGCUAGCUACACUGGCAUGUAAGACGUCGGGGAGGACACCGGCCCUUCUGUGUGUGGCGGAGGGAUGUACACUUUAGAUAGGUAAACAGUCCGGAGAUGUCUGAUGUUCACGAUUUGUGGAACUUGUUAUGGCCGUCAUAAAAACUCCAGUUUAUUUUGUGAAAACAUGUGUUUUGAGUCAUUCCGGAGGAGUAAUACCGUGAUCACGGAUUUACGUUUUGGAGUGUAACUAGGUACGUAACUGCGACCUCGCCUUCCAAUUGACGCGGAUAGACAGUCAUCGAGGGACUGUGUUUGGAAUCUCCGGGACAAUUAAUAGUGAAGUUUCAAAUAACUCGACCUGUAUCCAUGUAAGGACAGAGCGGUGUUUGUAACAGUUGCCGAACUCUACUCAAAGAAUUUGGAUUUCGUUUUGUAAGGAAACUUACACCAUGUGACAAUCAACAGGAGGUGUCGAUUUCUCUACUCUCGAGCAAAAUACACCGACGGUUUACAUGGCUCUUGUCUGUAGGACCUCAAAUCCAGGUCACAUUGAAUAGCGAAACAUCAUACUGUAUAAUUAGUUGACCAUAUGAAAGGUUAGGUGUCCAUCAUCUGUCACGCUUGACUGCACGCGACAAGCAGGACCCUUACAACAAUUUUAUCUACCAGAAAAUUCAUAUUUGAUAGAUCAAAGAAAACCAUUUAAAAGGACAGUGACUGGUUCAGUGAGUAUUUGUGCUAAAAGGAAGAAAAGCAGUGUCGUUGGAUUUCGUUAACAAACCAAUAUGGCGGCGCCCUACGACUUAGGACUAGUCGUUAUGGCAUGUUGGUCAGUUUUGGCCGUCAUGUCAGCGGACCCAAGUUGUGUUUCUAAGGGUCAGUUAUACACAAAACUUCCAUGGUAUGGUUACUUAGUCCAGAAAACAUUUCACCCUAAUAACGCAAAAAUCGAGUACCAGAUUUCGUACCCUGUGAGCGAAGGAAGUGCUAACCUUCUUAUUUACUAUGACGACCAGGUUCGGAAACUCAAGGACGAAAUGUCGUGUAAAGAGCGGGAAAACAUUCUUCCGGCGAAAAAUAAUCAAGUGAUUCCACUGAACGAGACCGGACGGUGUACCGUAUGGCGGGAUAGCGGGGAACCUCUCUAUGUUUGUGUCGGUGAACGCGUAUUCAAUUCAAGCUUUCCAAGGACCUGGUACUUUGCUGUGAGCAAAUGCUCAAUGAACAGUUCACAAUCCUUGAACAUGAACUAUUACUUCAACGUCACGGGAUAUUACGGAGCAUGUGAAGUUGAUCCGCUAUCGAAGACGGUCAUUCCUGCACGCGUUGAGGUAGAGCCGGAUGUCAGUGUCAUUGUGGCGCUUGGAGUUGUUUGUGGUGUGACUACAAUAGUUGCAAUCGUUUUCAUGAUAUUGUUUUUUCUUGGGCGAAGGCGACGUAAAAACAAAAAAGGUGGAUCUGUGACGUCAUCACAAGCUACUAUGACGCAAGACAUUUUUUACGUGAAUCCUUCUUUGUCGGAUCGUGAACAUUCCGAUUCGCAAUACAGUCACAGUCAGUCGAGCGGAUCGGAGAAUUAUUACGAGGUCAUCCCCGACCGCCGGAGUUACGAAAGUAUCAACACACAACUCGCUCUACAAGGACAUGCCAUUAGAGGUCUUAACUUGAACGCGGCACACUUGAAAGAACAAAGGAACUCGAACAUUCCCGCGUACAUUCUCGAAGAUUACCCACCUCCUCCCUACCAACCUCCUCGUGGGCUCCACAACAUCCACGCCACCAUGCCAAGCGGUCUGCAUCACAGGCAAUCUAGUGCAAACGCAGUGCUACAGGGCGGGAUAAGUCACUACGCGUCACGUGCAGGGACUCUCUCUGUUCCAAAUAGUCACAUGGCAUCUGGUGGACGACCAUCCAUCCAUCAGCUGGCCGCUAGUGGCAUACACCCUAUGUACCGACAAAAUCGCCUAGUACAGACAACUCAAACCGAGGCUGCUGUGGAUACGCACACUGGGCAAAAACAGGUUGUCAACGCGGGGGGCAACAGACUGAACGGUACCCCGGUUCAUUCAGACAUUAUUCAACAAGCUCUGAAUAGGCAGCCACUGGUUCACGCUACGAGCCAAGCUAGCACUGUUCAGAGUUCCCCGCAGUCGCGUACAAGUGACGUACCUUUGACGUCAGAUAGCGGCACUCAGCCGAUGACGUCAUUCCCAAAUGGAGUGCCCUCGUCAAGCACUCAGACAACACCGAUACAAAAUUCAAACUUUGUCAGACAGCUGACAAACAGUGGCGCAAAGUCCAACCAACAAAACAUUCAGCUUCAAACAUACGGGCAAUCUAAGCACCAAUCACAAGGAAGCGGAAGUGCUAAUGGUAACAUUCCGAACGGACGCGCACCGCAAUAUCCGAACAGUAAUGUUGCUAAGUUACUACACGAUGCUUACCGGAUUCAACAGUUUGAAACAACAGCAUAACAAGUGUGAUGCAAUGACGCCAUUAGACAUUUUAUUGAAUGCAUGACGUCAUGUUUUUAUUGGACGCGUUUGACGUUCUAGCUCAAAGUGUAAAUUCUUGCAGGAGAGAAAAAAAAAUAGAAAAACAUAUUUCGUCUCGACAUCAGGAAAUACAAGUGUUUUGUCAAAUAUGAUUAAUGCUUGUCUCGCGACAGAUAAAUACUAGGCGUUCCUGGCAACGUCAUUAUGGGUCACCUCAUCUAGCGGGUGUAUUUGUGUCCGAAUCAAAACUGAUAACUCGUCACUGACGGGUUUAAAUCGUGUGUUACCCAAUCCUGCAGAAUUAGUAUUAUCCAUUGUGGUUUUGAAGCGUGGUACCUUCAACAGAUGCAAAGGUCAUGUAACGUAACACUGGGCGAGGAGGAAAAACAAAUUAACUUUUAAAGUAGGAUCCACAAGGGUUCCAUUGUGACGAUCGAGGUCUGAUAUUAAAACUGUGACCACAACAAACUUAUUGUGCAAUCAUUUUAUCUUAGUUACAUCCAAUACAAUUCUUAUUGACUCUUCACUGCGGGACUGUAAUUCAAAAUGACGGAGCCCCGUGCAGUGUGGGUAAUUUAUGGCAAUAUUUUGUGUUCUGGAGCAUCCAGACACUCCUACCCUAAUUAUAUAACCAGAGUCGUGACGUCAUCGUAUUGUGUGUACCUGUGUGCGUUACAAGUGAAUUAUGUGGUGUGAGAGGUCAUUAGGGCGGAUGUUUUUAGAUUUCAAAUCUAUUUCGGGUGAGGUUAUGUUUAAACAAGAAAGGCUUGUUAAGAUAGCGAGUCCCAUUACUUUCUUCUGCACUCAAAUACUGAAAGGUUAAAUUACUGAAGUAAAAAAAAACCAACAUGUUGAUUCAAACACAGUUAUUAGUAAUGCUUUUUAGGCAAUAACUUUUGAUGAAUCAAAGGUAUUUCAGGCGACAGUGUUAAAGAAAAGUUUAACCAAAAUACUCUAUAUCGAACCUCUCUUGGAAUGUAUCUAGUGAGGAAAAAUAUAAUUUUUUAAAUACAAACACACACAUACUGUAUCACUAUAUAUAUAUUGAACGGUAGGAGAUAGGGAGAGCUGUUGGACUCUUUACCUUAAUUUCAUCUGAUUUUUAAUUCGGACAUUUUAUAUGUGUGAUACUAAUGUUCUUGUAUUAUAGAAAACUCGAUACUCUGGGUUGUCUCUUUAAUCUGGAUAGUUACUAUUAAGAUGUACUUUUUUAUUUGUUCUUUCACUGGAUUUUCGUUUUGUUAAAAACAACAAUUUGUCGGUUUUAACGCAUAAUGUGAAAUCGCUUAAUUACGAGGAAAAUUAAUGAUAGAAAUUCAAAACAGAUAAAAUUUAUGACAUUUUUAAGUGAAGAUUUUUUAAACACCUCGUGCAUGGACGAACAUGUACAUGUGUACAAGGUUUCGCUUGAAAUCCUGCACAAAUUGCGUGUCUGUCUUGUUGAAAGAUAGAUGUAUAUAUAAAUACAAAAUUGCUUGUAACACGACAUCGGGCAUUGAAAUUUGAACUAUACGUCUGGCCCGUAAAUUAUUUCAUUAUUUUUUUUAUUGUGCACCAUCUCGGGAGUAUACAUGUAAUUUUGUAUAUAUACAUACCGAACACAAGCAGAGUUCUUAUAGUUAAAUCGAUAAUGUUACGUAGCUUUCUGUGCGUAUUAACUAAAGUUUCACAACAUUCCAUCAAAUUCUCCUCAGUUGGCAAAAUAUACGGCUGCAGACCUGUCUAGUUUACACUGGGGAUUUAUCUGUCUUAAAAAAAGAACUGUCCGUAAUAAUACAAGGUGCUGUUACCAUGGCAACAUGUUUUAGUUAUUAUAGCUGUAUGUAACAUAUAUGCAGAGGUGAUCAGGAGGUGUCCGCCUAAUAGAAACCCCGUAUUAUGUAUACUAGACAUAUUACCACAAUCGGUUAACAUCGGCUUAUUCCGACAGAACCGCAUUUACAAUCGGCUGAUUACGGUACAGCCGAAAUGUGACGAGUGUAGUUACGGAAUUAGCCGAGUUUUCACGAUUAGUUAUAAUAUUUAUAAUUAUAUUCACAGGUCGCUAGCUUCAACUCUGAUAUUGUAAUUGUUAACAUACAUAUUAAUUUCUUUUAAAUACUUUUAACUGUUUAUUUUAUAUUUGACACUUUUAACAAUAUAUCAAUAUCUUAUUGUUUUAUUUCAAAACUUUUUAUGGACAAAUACAUGUACAUGUACAACAAAACCUGUUUUCUAUAGAAAACAAACUUCGAACCUACCGAUUUAAAAAAAAAAAUUAUUUGUAUUUUGUUAUAAUGUGUUCAGAUCCAACACUCAUAUAUUAAAUGUUGAGGUUAAUGAAAUACCUGUCAUACCAACAAACAACCAAUAAACAAACGAGUUUUAUUUUUAGUAAAAUGACCGAUAAAGACCACUGGUUGAGUCGUGUGAGAACAAGCGCCCCUUCCAACAAGAUUUCACUUAAUGUAUUUAUAAAUUUCUGAUCAUUCGAAAACUGAAUUGUUACUUCAUGGACACUCUUUAGAAGUUAUAUGAAGUUUAAGCUGAGAUUUUUUAGCGAAAUGAUGGACUAAACUGUAUCUAUAAAGCAGAUAGAAUGUGUUUGAUUACACUAUCAAAGUCAAUAUUAUUUUAUUCGAAAUUUUAUUUACGUUUUGAAAAAAAACCGUAUAUCAAGCAACGUUCAUCAGAAUUAGAAAUACAAAUAUAUUUUGAAUGCCCUAAUUAUGUUAUGAUCAAAUUCCAUAAGUUUAUUUGAAAUAUUUACAUGCAUGUUUUGAAAAAAAUCAAAUAUAACCUAAAUAUUUGCAAAAAAUAAAAAAAUCAUUACUUCAUUAAUUGACACUUUUAUACAUUUGAGAAACAAAAGUACAAAUAUAUAGUUAGACUAAUACUCGAAUAAUUUCUUUAAACAGAUUAUUAGUUAAGCUAAUAUGUAGAUUAACGGAUGCCGGUUUAAGUAUUGAAAUGUGCUGUACAAGUUAAUUUAACAAUGACUGAGUGGGUGGAUGUGUUUUUUGUUAUAUUGUUGUUUUUGUUAUUGAUCUGUGUCAAAUAUACAAUUAUUAGAUGAUUGUAUGUAUAAAUAUUAUAUAUAAAUAUAUAUAUCUUGAUCACGUGGUGAUCACGUGACGAUUUUUUCACAUUAUUAAUUAAACAUGUCCGUCAGAAACUGCAACUGGUUCGUUUCACUGCACAGAAAACGCGCUGACAUUGAAAUGACAACAUUUAACUUAUAAAAUGUUGAUUUUGUUAAGUCUUUCUCUUUAAGAUUUUAAAUUCAUGAUCUUGAUGUUGUAUCAUCGAUUAGAUAUUUAUCGAUAUCUGUUUUGUAAACAUCCUGUUUAUUAGUGACCUCUAUAUCAUGUUGGUCAAUAAAAAAAAAUUGGAAAUAAUGACACGUUAUUCAAAUAUAUAUAAGAGAGUAUAUGUGCGGCUAUCAAUUAUAUUUUACCUUUUAACACGUUUCCGAAGUGUUCCAUGGAAAACGAACCAGUUUGUGUGCUACUGACAUUUUCAGCUGUUUUAAAAUCUCGUGUGACUACACGAGAUAUUUUAUUCGGCUCUCCCACAUCAUUGCCAACAUUCUUGCAAUUUGCAAAAACAAUAUGUGACAUUAAAUUGUAGAAACUA